GAGUAAGCACAGUAACGGUAUCAACAGUAGUUCCAAUUAGGAGCAGCUUCUGACAGGUAAAAGUGUAUUGAUCAAUUCUGUCGCCUAGCAACAGGCUAGCUGUCAUCACUGCUCAUUGAGACUCAAAACCUACAAAAUGAAGGAAAUAUUCACUCAGGACGAGUUGGAUGAUUUGCUGAGGAGCGCGGGACAGAAGCUGGUCAUCGUUGACUUCUGGGCCACGUGGUGUGGACCGUGUAAGGUGAUUGGGCCCAUGUUCCGGAAACUUGCCAAUGACCCAGAGUACGAGAAAGAUGUAAUAUUCGCCUCCGUGGACGUGGAUGAGGCUAAUGAGCUGGCUGAGGAAAUAGGAAUUGAGUGUAUGCCAACGAUAAUGUUUUUCAAAAACUGUGAAAAGAUUGAUGAAAUGUCUGGUGCCAACAAAGCCAAACUCGUGGAGAAGAUAGAGGAGCUCCGAAAGAGAUGACACCCCCCCCCCCCAUCGGAUACACAAAGGAUCCCCAGUCUUUUCUUAUUCGUACUUUAUAUCAAAACAAAGUACCAACAGCCCCCUCCCUCCUCCUUUUGUCAUUACCCGUUUGUAUGUGUCCCGUGUCUCAGUGUG